AUGACAGGUUCGAGCGGGUGCAGGUGCCUGCGACUGCGAGGAGCGUCGGGUCUGUCAUGGCUGAUAGCUUCGAGCGAGGUCAACUGCUGUGCCUACCAGGGCUACUACCUCUAUGCUGUCAUGGAUGCCGAGCUCUGUCAAGCCUGCCCCAUUGGAUCGUACAAGAGCGCCCCCGGGUCUGCCAACUGCUCUGCCUGCCCCCGCAACAUGGACACGCCCGCGACAGGGUCGACCGACGCGUCAGCCUGUCCGUGUAGGGUAGGAACGUACAGGAACGGGUCGGGGGCGUGCGAGCUGUGUCCAGGAGGGUCGGGAUCAGCGGCAGGCGCGUCGUCGCUGUACGAAUGCUCUUCGGUUCAUACUCCUGUUGUACAAUCGUCUCUCCACGCAAGCGUUGAAACGACGCCUUCAGUGGUGGAACCACAGCUUCAGAUUCUGUUUCGGCAUCGGCCACGUCAUCAGUCACGGCAUCAGCAUCAGCGUCGUCAGGUCGCGAAUUACGGCGAUGCCAUGGCCUCGAACCAGGAGUUGCUGUCUACCUUGGUCUCAUGCGUCGCCUCGCUGGCUGUCGCCUCGCUGGCUCGCGUUUCUCUCAGCAAGCUCUACAUGAUCGGGAAGCGUCGCGCGCCCUCCGACUCCGACGUCCUCUUCCCUCCGUUCCUCGCCUGGGAGCUGCCGAUAGCAGUCACUCAGGUACAAGGCUUGUCAUUGGCGAUCUUCCUCGCGAUCAGAAGUGGGUGCGUGGUCUGUGUUGGGAUGGGCUGCCUGCUGCUGCCGCUUGUGAAGGCCGAGCUCGAUUUGUUUUGCUACUACGCCCACCGAGGGCACAGCACUUUGAUCUCAUGGAGAGCGUGGGAGGAGGCGAAGGGGAUAGGAGACAAGAUAGGAGCUGUAGGAGCUGUCUUUGCGCGAGGGGAGUGGGUCAUCGACGACAAGAGCGACAAGUUCAUGGCGUCCUGGCUGUAUAUGAAGCGUUUCAGAGUGCUGCUGGAGGAGGUUUGCGCGCACGCCUGGUGGUAUGGGGUGUACUCGAUCGUGAUGCGGGCCUUGACCUCGAUCAUGUCAGCCUUUGUGUUGGUGGACCUCCUGCUCGUCAUCGCCUUCACACCUCAGAUCGACUGGCUCGCAUGGCUAUCGCACUUAUUGGCAGCUCUGGGUAAUCUGGGCAUAUGUCUGUCGUUGUUGACAUCCGCGGUCUUUGCGCUGAGACCUGACUUGCUCAACAUGACGUACCUGUACGUGUCGGGAUGGGUACAAGGCGCUCAGUGCGUUGUCUUGUCUGUCGAGUCGAAGAAAGAAGCAUGUUCAAGUAGCUGCCAGUGA